UACAGGCUCAGUUGAGGCUGAAAUUCAGCCCCAAGAGGCUUGAGUCUUUCUGAGAUCGGAUGAAAAUACAAUAUUUUGCAUGUAGGGCUCUUGAGGGAGAUGUUAAGGCGUCCCAGGCGGAGAGCGUAGUGCUAUUAAAGGGCCUUUAGGGUGAGAAAUCCAAUAAUAAAUUAGCAGCAUUGUAAAGCUUAGGGCGCCUGGUGCCAUAAAGGCAUAAAGGCUUAGGACACCACUUGCAGAUGUGGUGCCCUUCGUGCGAGGGGCCAUGCGCGUGCCCUCCUUGCACACAGCUGCCUGUGCACGGCCGAGGGAUCCUUCCCUGAGAGCUGCCGUGGGGCAUGGCUCGUCUGCCUGGUGGGGAGGAGAUGGGUGCUGUGGAUGUGCUAAGGCAAAGAGGGCAGGGUGGACAUGGGUAGGAGCAGUUGUGGGUGCAGCAGAGUCUGAUCUGGCCACGAAUCGGAAGGAGCUGGGGUCUCUGUCACUGCCGGCUUUGUUGCACAGACCCUGUAGCUGUCCGUAGCUCGUGUUUGGCACCUAGUGCUUCUGGUGUGUUCGCAGCUGUGCUUUCAGAGCAGGGUGCCAGAGUGCAGCAUCCCCACGGGGCAUGUAGACCCGUGAGCCCAUCACCUCCCUGUCAGGCCUGAACUGCUCGUGCUGCACUGUGUCGUUAGGGCUGGGAUUGGGUGGCACAAACAGGUGCUGAGCAGGCGGAGUGGGGACAUGGCUGGCAGUGUCCUGAGUGUGGGGUGUCUCGGCAGGAUCGUGACCGUGGCUUGAGCCGCCCCCCUGCCCUCCUGAGCGCACAUGUCCGCCUGCCCGUGCCCAGAAGAUGACCAGGCUGCUCUUGGGGGUGACCCUGGAAAGGAUUUGCAAGGCCGUGUUGCUGCUCUGCCUGCUUCACUUUGUCAUCAUCAUGAUCCUCUACUUUGAUGUCUACGCCAGCUAUGGGCCAGCCGGUGCUGAGCCCCCAUCCCCCAGCGCCAAGCCCAACACCAACCAGUCCGUCACAGAGAAGCCCUUACAGCCCUGCCAGGAGAUGCCUCCUGGCUUAGUUGGGAGGCUGCUCAUCGAGUUCAGCUCCCCCAUGACCAUGGAGCGGGUACAACGGGAGAACCCCGACGUGCGCCAGGGUGGCAAGUAUACCCCCCCAGAUUGCCUCCCCCGGCAGAAGGUGGCCAUCCUCAUCCCCUUCCGGCACCGUGAGCACCAUCUCAAGUACUGGCUGCACUACCUGCACCCCAUCCUACGCCGGCAGAAGGUGGCUUACGGCAUCUACAUCAUCAACCAGUAUGGCGAGGACACCUUCAACCGGGCCAAGCUGCUCAACGUGGGGUUCCUGGAGGCGCUUAAGGAUGACGAGGAGUACGACUGCUUCAUCUUCAGUGAUGUGGACCUCAUCCCCAUGGAUGACCGCAACCUGUAUCGCUGCUACGAGCAGCCACGGCACUUUGCUGUUGGCAUGGACAAGUUUGGGUUCAGGUUGCCCUACGCUGGCUACUUCGGGGGUGUCUCCGGGCUGAGCAAGUCGCAGUUCCUGAAGAUCAAUGGCUUUCCCAACGAGUACUGGGGCUGGGGGGGAGAGGACGAUGAUAUCUUUAACCGGAUCUCCCUGAAUGGCAUGAAGGUGUCAAGGCCCGACAUCCGCAUCGGGAGGUACCGCAUGAUCAAGCACGAACGCGACAAACACAAUGAGCCCAACCCGCAGAGGUGAGCUGCAGGGGCUGG